CAGCAGGUUGUGAGCAAGGAACAACUGUAACUACUGACAGAACUGGAGGGAAAAUCUCAAAGCUUUGAAUUGAAAAAAGGAGAAGAAAAUGAGAAGGCGCCUCCGGCUGAGAUAUUCUUCCGAUGAAGAAGACGAAGAAGAAGAUCAACAACCACAGCACCCACAUCAACAACAUCUACCAGAAGAUAUUGAAGACGAAGACGACGAUAUCCUUGUUCAAGUACAAGCCUCCGCUGAAACCCUCAACACCGUAACCCUAACCUGCCCUGAUCCAAACCCAAACCCUAACCCCGACGAACCAGCUCCUCUCGAGAUCUCCGAUGACGAUUUCGUUGAUGCCUCCGAAAACCCGCCUCCGCCUCCGCCGCCGCCGCUGCCGCCGCCGAUCGUCGAUCUGUCUUCCUUCCAGUUCCAGGAAGCUUCGAUGCCGAGUUCCGGGACUAGCUUCGCUGAGAGCUCGGGUUGUCCUCUCGGCGAGUCUCUUCGGAGGCUUGGGUUGAGUCUGCGGAGAGAAUGGUUGGAUUCGUGCAUUUGCGGCCUCGAGAACUCUGUUCCGGGGUUUGCGAGCUUUGAUGUUGCAAGAAAGGCGAAGCUUUGUUUCGAGCAGUUCUUGUUUUCUGACAUGAAUCAUUCGGGAGGCGGAGUUCUUCCCGAGAACGUCGCCGCCAUGCAUCUCGUUGAUCUCGCCGGGCCGUUUGUGUUGCAGGUUGAUGAGAUAGUAAAUAUUAGUUGUCCGCUUCGAGGUAGGUACCAGAAUGCUACUUCUGGGAUUAAGAGGUGCCUUAAAUUGUCAAUGACAGAUGGGGUGCAACGAGUGUUUGGCAUGGAAUACAAACCUAUCAAGACUCUUGAAGUUUUGGCUCCUGCUGGUUUGAAGAUUGCUAUUUUUAACGUACACAUACGUCGUGGGCUUCUAAUGCUGGUCCCUGAAGUUUUUGAAGUCCUUGGAGGAUUAGUUGAUGAGUUGGAAGCAGCGAGGCAGCGGCUUGUUCAUGAAGUAAAUAAACCACCACGAGGAAAAAGAACGAGGAAUGGAGUGUUACCUCCUUUAGCAACUAGAGCGACACUUACUGCAUGGCCAAGAGAUGGUGGUAGCAUUCAGGGAAAUUCCAAUCAUUACACAUUGCACCACACAAGUCCCUUUCGUGCAGAUGGUCAAGGUGCUACUUUUGCUGCUUCAGGCACGGCCACCAGGGAAAGGAAUGUUGAAGAGUUUGCAGUUCCCAUUGGUAGGGAAAAUGGUGUUUCAGGUGUGGACAUCGGUGAAAGGAAUGUGGAGGAGUUUGGGGUUCGCAUUAGCAGGGAAAGUGCUACUUUUGCUGCUUCUGGGGUGGACUUUAGUGAAGGGAAUGUAGAAGAGUUUGCAGUUUCCACUAGUAGAGAAAAUGAUGAGCAUAACCAAUCCACUAAUGCUGUAUCGGAUGCUGAGAAUAUCCAUAUGGUUGAUGGUGUAGAACAUCCAUUCAUACUUAGUGGAGAUAAAGAAAUCCCUUUCACUUAUCUAGCCAGCUUAUCAGCCAAGUGGGCUGCAAUGAGGGAGAAGGCUCGACAUGUUCAAGGAACAAUAAAGUGCUUUCUGACUGGUGUAAAGGGAUUCCAUUAUAAGCAAAGGACUACAUAUGAGCUUCUAGUUUAUGUUGAUGAUGGUAGCCUUAUUUCUGAGAUCCUCAUUGAUCACAACGUUGUACAGAAAGGAAUAGGUCAUUCUCCUGCAGAGGUCACUGCAGCUCUUGCUUCUUCGGACACAAAAAAAGUUAGCAAUAUGAGAGAGAUAUUGAAGCAGUUCCAAGUUUUCUUGGUGAAUUUCGAGGGAACAAUGCUUGUAGAGAUGAAUGAAUCCUUUGCUAUUCCAAUUGCCCUAGAAAUGAAUCAAGGCUGUCCUGCAUCUGAUGCAUGGUUGCUUCUUAGAAGACUGAAGCCCUCAACUUCUCAAGCGCCACAGCAACACCAAUUGGAUCCCAUUAACAUAUCCCCUUGAUUUUACUCAAUAUGUGCCUACCACUAUUUGGAAAGGAAGUCGCUAAGGAGCAUAGGUUGGCAUGGAUUUUUCCAAGAUCAUUGUUUGGGUAUUCUUUGAUUUCAUCUCUCACGGCUUGUGCCUAGAAAACAAUCUGGAAGAAAGAAAUUUCAAAACUGAAGAGUAAUUGUCCCAGAAAUGCCUACUAUGCCUACUAGUUGAUUUUAUUAUCUUGGCCGAUUGUGCAUGUUCUUUGAUUUCGUUUCUCAUGGCCCGUGAUUGGAAAACAAUAUGGAAAAGAGAAAUCUCAACUGAAGAGAAAUAAUCCUAGACAUGCCUAAUUAGUUGAUUUUAUUAUCCAGCUGAUUAUGCUUACCCAGAAGCACCUUGGGUGAUGGUAAACUUUGAUGGGUCCUUGCAUGGCGUGUAACGAGUUAAGCUUGUUCAGGGCAUUAUGCUUGCCUGUGACCACUUAUCUUGUGUGCUUGGAUGAGUUUCCAUCAUGUAAAUACUAGUGUAGGGUUAUUUUCUGUUAGUAGUUUAUUUGUAUGCCAAAUAAGGCAGUAUGACUCCUCGAUUACUUUGAUGUUUCCUAGUGCUAGAAUGAUAAUUACAUAAAAACCUUUUUAGGGGAAGGUGAGUGUUCAUCAGUCAUUGUAAAAGUCACUAGUUAUUGUCAAUGUGUUUAGCCUACUUGCCUCUCUUGCUAAACACACUAUCAACAGAGGUGUUAUUAAUAAACUACGUUUGCUUCAAUGUUUA